AGGAAUCUGGAGAAGAUGAAGAGCGAAUGGCAGGAGAUGGAGCUUGUCCUUCGUCCUCACCGAGAGACAGACACCUGGGUUCUGGCGGCCGUCGAGGACAUCCAGUUCCUGCUCGACGACCACAUUGUCAAGACGCAGUCCAUGAGGUCCUCGCCCUUCAUCAAGCCCAUCGAGGCUGAGGUGGCCGCGUGGGAGACGACCCUGGCGCAGCUGCAGGAGGUGGUGGACGAGUGGCUUCGAGUCCAGGCGACGUGGAUCUACCUGGAGCCUAUCUUCGGUUCUCCGGAUAUUAUGGCGCAGAUGCCCGAGGAAGGACGCAGAUUCAACACCGUCGACAAGACCUGGAAGGACAUCAUGAAGAGCGUCCGGCAGAACACGCGCGUCCUGUCGGUGCUGGAGGUGGACAAGAUCCUGGAGCGCCUCAGGAAGUCCUCGGAGCUCUUGGAGUUGAUCCAGCGCGGCCUCAACGAGUACCUGGAGAAGAAGCGGCUCUACUUCCCCAGGUUCUUCUUCCUGUCCAACGAGGAGCUGCUCGAGAUUCUGAGCGAGACCAAGGACCCCAGCAGAGUACAGCCUCACCUGAAGAAGUGCUUCGAGGGCGUCAACUCCUUGGACUUCGGCGAGGACCUGGAGGUGGUGGCCAUCAGGUCAAGCGAAGGCGAGGUCAUCGGCCUCACCACCAUCAUCAGCACAGCCAAGGCGAGAGGGCAGGUCGAGAAGUGGCUCGUGCAGUUGGAGGCUAGUGUCAAGGCCAGUAUUAAGAAGGUCGUGAAGUCGUGCAUGGAGGCCUAUACCACGAAGCCGAGGGAGGAGUGGGCGCUGGAGUGGCCGGGGCAGGCGGUCCUCUGCGUCUCACAGACUUUCUGGACUACUGAGGUGUCUAGGGGCAUGAGGGAAGGAACGAAGCAGAUGGAGGAAUAUUACGAACUUUGCAACAAGCAGAUCGAGUUGGUCGUGGGUCUUGUGCGCGGGCAGCUCUCCAAGCAGAACAGGACGACUCUUGGCGCCCUCGUGGUACUGGACGUCCACGCCCGUGACGUGAUGAAAGAGGAGCUCAUUAAGAAGAAAGUGACAGACCUCACUGACUUCACCUGGUUAUCGCAGCUCAGGUACUACUGGCAGGACGACAUCCUCAAAGUCCGGAUGAUCAACGCAGAACUGGAAUAUGGAUACGAGUACCUUGGCAACACCGGCCGUCUCGUCAUCACCUCACUGACCGAUCGUUGCUACAGGACCCUCACACAGGCCCUCAUGCUUAAUCUAGGCGGCGCCCCCGAAGGACCCGCCGGAACUGGCAAGACGGAGACGACGAAGGACCUGGCCAAAGCCGUGGCCAAGCAGUGUGUCGUCUUCAACUGUUCGGAUGGACUCGAUUAUAUCUCCCUUGCUAAGUUCUUUAAGGGCCUGGCAUCCUGCGGCGCCUGGACAUGUUUCGACGAGUUCAACCGCAUCGAGCUCGAGGUCCUCUCCGUCGUGGCCCAGCAGAUCCUCACGCUGCAGAGGGGGCUGCAGUCGAAGGCCCCGAAGCUCACGCUGCAGGGCACAGAGGUGAGUCUGGACCCCACCUGCGCCGUCUUCAUCACCAUGAACCCGGGCUACGCUGGCCGGUCGGAGCUUCCGGAUAACCUCAAGGCACUCUUCCGCUCGGUGGCCAUGAUGGUGCCUGACUACGGCCUCAUCGCCGAGAUCUCUCUCUACUCCUUCGGAUUCGUGGCCGCGAGGAGCAUGUCGAGGAAGAUCGUGGCCACGUACCGCCUGUGCUCCGAGCAGCUCUCCGCGCAGCCGCAUUAUGAUUAUGGAAUGAGGACCGUGAAAGCCGUGCUCAUUGCUGCCGGAACCUUGAAGCUCAAAUACCCUGACAUGCCCGAGGAUGUGGUCGUUCUGAGGUCUGUACGCGAUGUCAACUUGCCUAAGUUCUUGGCUCAUGACUUGCCUUUGUUUGAGGGCAUCAUCGCCGACCUGUUCCCCGGCGUCGUGUUGCCACAGCCUGACUACACCUGCCUCCACCGCGCCAUUAGGGAGGUGUGCUCCGGUGCCAGCCUUCGCGCUAAUGAUUACUUCCUGGACAAAGUGCAACAGGUGUAUGAGACGAUGCGAGUGAGGCACGGAUUUAUGCUAAUCGGCAACCCCAUCGGAGGCAAGACGGUGGCGCUGAGGACGCUGUCGCAGGCGCUCGGGAUCAUGAAUGAGAGGGGCGAGAACCGCGUGCAGAUGUGCGUGAUCAACCCGAAGGCGGUGACGGUGGGGCAGCUGUAUGGCCAGUUCGACCCGACGUCCCACGAGUGGUCCGACGGCGUGCUGGCGGUCAACUUUCGCAAGUUUGCCGUGUCUUCUUCGCCGGAUAGGAAGUGGAUCGUGCUAGACGGGCCGGUGGAUAGCGUGUGGAUCGAAAAUAUAAAUUCUGUUCUGGAUGAUAACAAGAAACUCUGUCUCAUGUCCGGGGAGAUCAUCUGUCUCUCGUCCACCACUAAUAUCAUCUUUGAGGUUCAUCAUCUUGAGAACGCGUCGCCUGCUACGGUGUCGCGCUGCGGGAUGGUGUACAUGGAGCCCCUGGCCCUCGGGUGGCGCCCCCUGGUGGAGACGUGGCUGGCGAAGCUCCCGCAGACGCUGACGCAGCAGCACCGGGCCGUCCUCACCGCCCUCUUCCACCGCUUCGUGCCGCCGCUGCUGUGCUUCGUCAGGAAAUACUUGCUGUGGUACAAGCUGGAGCGGAGCGAGUCGUACGUGCAGAAGGGCGUGUCGCCGACCACCGACCUCAACCUGGUGCGGAGCCUCAUGAACAUCUUCGACUGCUUCCUCGAGGAGUUCACGGACCCCGCCUACACCAAGCACCACCCCGAGUCCGACAUCCGCGCGCAUCUCGAGAGCAUCUUCCUCUUCUCCGCCAUCUGGUCCCUGGGCGGCCCUCUCGACGAAGGCUCUCGCCGGAAGUUCGAUCUCGUCCUUCGGGAGCUCAUCAGCGGACAGCCCAGCAAGAAGACGAUUGAAGACCUCGGCCUGUCAGAGGUUCCGGAGCCUCCUCAUGACUACCAGCUUCCCAUCCCUGACGAUGACACGGUCUUCCAUUACAAGUUCGUCAAGGAGGGUCGUGGGUACUGGCAAAAAUGGAGCGAAGACCUAGCCAACGCAGCUUCCAUACCCCGUGACGUGGCUGCCCAUCAGAUCCUGGUACCCACCGUCACGACAGUUCAAGUCACCGCCAUCUUGAGCCUGCUGGUGUCCCAAGCGAAGCCCCUGCUCCUGGUGGGACCUCCGGCGACGGGGAAGUCGGUGUAUGUGGCGGACUUUCUGAGGAACAAGCUGAAGGCGGCGCAGUACAAGCCCAUGUUCAUCAACUUCUCCGCCCACACCAACACCACCAGCGUCCAGGACCUCGUCAUGAGCGGCCUGGACAAGCGAAAGAAAGGCGUGUACGGUCCCCCCGUGGGCAAGCGGUGCGUACUCUUCGUGGACGACCUGAAUCUCCCGCAGACGGACGCCUUCGGUUCUCACCCGCCGCUCGAGCUCCUGAGGCAGCUGGUCGACCACGCCACCUGGUAUGACAUCAGGAAGGAGGUCGAGCCCAUUCGCCUGGAGGAUAUGCAGCUGGUAUCGACGAUGAGCCUACGUGAGAGCGGAAGGACGAACCUGACGCCCCGCCUCCUCCGCCACUUCAACGUCGUCGCGGUGAAUGACUUUGAUGACCAGACGAUCCACUCUAUAUUCUCCAAGAUCCUUCUAUGGCACCUGGACACGCGAGGCUUCAGCAAGAUGUUCGACCCUUGUAUCGGCGAGAUCGUGAACGGAACGCUGGAGGUCUACCGCGCCGCCGCCACAAACCUGCGCCCGACGCCCUCCCGCUCGCACUAUAUCUUCAAUCUUCGUGACUUCUUUAGGGUUAUUCAGGGCGUGUUGCUGUCCGUGCCCGAGACGAUGGAAGACCUGCGCUCCAUGAAGAAGAUGUGGAUUCACGAAGUUCUACGUGUGUUCUACGAUCGCCUGGUGGACAGUGGCGACCGCAAGUGGCUACUGCAGCGAGUGUCCGACGCUUGUACUAACCACCUCAAUGAAGAUUUCAACCACCUGCUGGCUGAGCUCGACGACGGGGACGAUGGAGAGGUGUCCGAGAACGACCUACGCAACCUGGUCUACUGUGACUUCGCGGAUCCCAAGAGCGAGAGCCGGCAUUACGUUCAAGUGGAGGACCUGGAGGGACUUCGUAGCGUGGUCGAGGGUUACCUGCACGAGUUCAAUAACAUGAGCAAGAAACCGAUGAACCUUGUUAUGUUCAAGUUCGCGCUGGAGCACCUGGCGAGGAUCUGCCGCGUCCUCCGCCAGCCCCGAGGCCACGCGAUGUUGGUGGGCGUGGGCGGCAGCGGGCGCCACUCGCUCACGCGUCUCGCCGCCCACAUCACAGACUACGAGCUCUUUGAAGUGGAGAUGAGUCGCAGUUACGGCCUGACGGAGUGGCGGGAGGACCUCAAGAUGAUCCUGAAGAAGGCAGGCACCGGAGAACAGCAUAUCGUGUUCCUGUUCAGCGAUACGCAGAUCAAGAACGAGAUCUUCCUGGAGGCGAUCAGCAGCAUCCUCAGCAUCGGCGAGAUCCCGGGCCUCUAUCCCACGGACGAGAAGCACACCAUCUGCGACAAGAUGAGGAACAUCGACCGCCAGAGGGACAAGAGCAAGCAGACCGACGGGAGCCCAGCCGCGUUGUGGUCCUUGUUCGUGGAGCGCGUGAGGGAACAGCUGCACGUCGUCCUGGCCAUGUCGCCCUGCGGAGAGGCCUUCAGGAACCGCCUGAGGAAGUUCCCGGCGCUCCUGUCCUGCUGCACGAUCGACUGGUUCCAGGCAUGGCCGGAAGACGCCCUCGAGGCAGUGGCACUCAGGCUCCUGCAGGGCGUGGAGCUCCCGGCGGAGACGCUGAAGGGCUGCGUGUCAUUGUGCCAGUACUUCCACACUUCCACGCAGGAACUCUCUGACAGAUUUUUGACGCACCUUCGUCGAUAUAAUUACGUGACACCUACCUCCUACUUACAGCUACUGGCUACUUACAUGGUCAUUCUUGAGAGACGUAGAGGCGAGGUCAAGAAGCUCGAAUGCCGCUACACGACGGGCCUGGCGCGCCUGGAGGAAGCCGAGACCUCCGUUUUGGCGAUGCAACAGGAACUGCUCAACUUGCAACCCAUCUUGCUGACGAAGACGCGCGAGGUGGAAGACAAGAUGGCGGUCGUGGAGAAGCGGAGGCAGGAAGUGGCUGAGGUGGAGCGCGUGGUUCGCCAGGACGAGGAGGUGGCGAACGAGGCGGCGGAGGCGGCGAACGGCAUCCGGAAGGAGUGCGAGGCGGAGCUGAACCUGGCGCUGCCCCUGCUGGAGGAGGCGACGGCGGCUCUGAACACCAUCAAGCAGGACGACAUCGUGUUCAUCAAGGCCAUGAAGAACCCGCCGGCAGGAGUGAAGCUCGUGAUGGAAGCCGUCUGCGUGUUGUUGGGCGAGAAGCCGGACCGCGUACCUGACCCUCAAGGAACAGGCAAGAUGGUCGAGGAAUACUGGUCCGUCAGCAAGAGGCUCCUCGGUGAUAUCAAGUUUAAGGAGAACCUCCUGAACUUCGACAAGGAGAACAUCAGUCAGAAGGCGAUCCAGACGAUCCGCUCGAAGUACAGGGACAACGACGAGUUCAAACCGGAGAAGAUCAAGGUGGCGUCCAAAGCGGCGGAAAGCCUGUGUAAGUGGGUGCUGGCCAUGGAGCGCUACGAGGAGGUGGACCGCAAGGUGGCGCCCAAGCGAGAGGCCCUUCAGCGCGCCGACCAGCAGUACCAGGGCCUGAUGGGGGAGCUGCGGAAGAAGCAGGAGGCUCUGAGGGGCGUGCAGGAGGAGCUGGCCGGGCUGCAGGCCGAGCUCGAUACCGUCAAGAAGGAGAAGCUCGAGCUCGAACAGACGGUGGAAUUGUGCAGCAUCAAGAAAGACCGCGCCGAGCAGCUUCUGGCGGCGUUGGGCGGCGAAAAGACCCGUUGGACUGAUAACGCCCACCAUUUGGCCCAGGUCUAUAUCUAUCUGACAGGAGACAUGCUUCUGGCUGCGGGCAACAUCGCAUACCUCGGUGCCUUCACCCCAGAAUACCGGGCAGAACAGAGUACCAAGUGGCUCCGGGAGUGCCAGGCGCGGGGGGUACCUUGUUCCGGGGAAUUUGUGCUCUCACAGGAGAAAAUAGAUAAAAAUAAAAUGAUAAUAAAUAUAAAUGAUAAUAAAAGGAACCUGAAGGAGCUGGAGGACCGCAUCCUCUCGACACUGUCCUCCUCGAAGGGCAGCAUCCUGGAAGACGAGACGGCCAUCAACAUCCUCAGCGACGCCAACCGCCUCGUGAAGGAGACGCAGGAGAAGCAGACGAUCGCGGAGGAGACGGAGAAGAAGAUCAACGCCACCCGCUUGGGAUACCGCCCAGUCGCCGUCACCGCCUCCAUCCUUUUCUUCACCCUAAGGGACUUGGCUGCCCUGGACCCUAUGUACCAGUUCUCCCUCAACUGGUUCGUCAAUCUCUUCUCCAACUCGAUUGAUAACUCGGAAAAGGCGAGCGAGUUACCCGAUCGACUCAACGCCUUGCAGAGUCACUUCACGCUCAGUCUGUAUCAUAACGUGUGCACUGGGCUUUUCGAGAAGGACAAACUCGUGUUUUCCUUCUUGAUGUGUGUGAACCUCCAGCGCGCCGAGAAGAACGUGGACGACGCUGAGUGGUUGUUCCUCCUGACGGGGGGUGUGGCCUUGUCCACUGGCCCCUCCCCAAACCCCGCCCCUGAGUGGCUCCCGGAGACCUCCUGGCAGCAGGUUCAGUGGCUUCACUGCCUCCCGUCGCUCAAGCACCUUGUGGUCGAGUUCGCGGAGCACCUGGAGGAGUGGCGCGCCGUGUUCGAGUCCGAGACGCCGCAGAAGGAGACGAUCCCGAGCCUCAAGGAUGGCGAGGAGGUGCCUCUCUCACGCAUGCAGCUGUUGUGUGUCCUUCGGUGCCUUCGCCCGGAUAAGGUGGUGGCCGCCGUGCAGGAUUAUGUCGCGGACCUCCUCGGCAAGGCGUACAUCGAGGCGCCGCCCUUCGACCUGGCCCGCACCUUCACCGACUCCCACUGCUGCCUCCCCCUCAUCUUCCUGCUCACGCCCGGCGCUGACCCGACGGCGCUCCUCCUCAAGUUCGCCGAGGACCAGGGCAUGGGCGGCGAGCGUCUGCAGAGCGUGUCUCUGGGUCAAGGGCAAGGACCCGUGGCUCGGAGGCUCAUCGAGGAGGGCGUCCGGAUCGGCACGUGGGUCCUCCUGCAGAACUGCCACCUCGCCAAGUCCUUUAUGCCACAACUGGAGAAGCUAUGCGAGGAACUGAACCCCGAGACAACCCACGCCGACUUCCGCCUCUGGUUGACGAGCUACCCUUCAGCGCACUUCCCCGUCUCCGUGCUGCAGUCGAGUAUCAAGAUGGUCACCGAACCGCCGAAAGGACUCAGGGCGAAUCUCAGGAGACUCUACCUCGCGGACCCGCUAUCAGAGCCGGAUUUCCUGACGGGCGAAGGAUCUUCCGAGAAAUUCCGCCGUCUCGUUUAUUCUCUCUGCUUCUUCCACGCCGUCGUGCAGGAGCGCCGUCUCUUCGGGCCUCUUGGCUGGAACGUCCCUUAUUCCUUCUCCGACACGGAUCUAAGGAUCUCCGCGCAGCAGCUGAGGAAUCUUAUCGGAUCCUACGUGGAGAUCCCCUGGGAAGCCCUCCAGUACCUGACGGCGGAAUGCAACUACGGAGGGAAAGUGACGGACGAGCGAGACCGGAGGACGUUGAGUACGAUCUUGCGUCGUUUUUACAACCCGGAUAUUGUGAAGGGAGAGACGCAUUCGUUCGAUCCACAGAACGUAUACACCACGCCCCCCGACGGUGAAUACGCCUCCUACCUGAACCACAUCUCUGAGCUCCCUCGCGACGCCCCGCCCCACGUCUUCGGCAUGAACAGCAACGCCAGCAUCAACAAGGACCAGGCGGAGACGAACAAGCUCUUCUCGGCUGUUCUUCUUACACAGGCGACGUCGCUCUCGUCCGGCGGCGGCGGCGACGGCGACGGGGACGCCGUAGGGAAAACGUGCGAGGAGAUCCUGGGCCGCAUCCCGCCGCCCUUCGUGGUGGACGCCGCCCUCGCCAAGUACCCCACCAGGAGGGAGCAGAGCCUCAACACCGUCCUCGUGCAGGAGAUGAGCAGAUACAACGCCCUCAUCAUCACCAUCUCUAGCACCAUCAGCGCCGUCCUCAGGGCUAUUGAAGGAACGGAAAGUCUGUCGGAGGAGGUGGAGGAGGUGCUCGUGGGGGUGCGAACAGGGCGCGUCCCCGACAUGUGGCGAGCGAGGUCCUACCCAACGCUCAAGGGCCUCGGCUCCUACAUCAACGACCUCGUCCAGCGCCUCCAGUUCCUUCAGAAUUGGUACGAACUCGGCCAGCCUCGUGUGUUCUGGCUAAGCGGGUUCUUCUUCACCCAGUCCUUCUUAACAGCUGUUUUGCAGAACCAUGCUCGCGCCUACACCCUCGCCAUCGAUCAGCUGUGGUUCCAUUUUAAGGUCUGUGACGUCGACGAGGAUAGCCCCGCCCCCGACGUGGGAACUUACAUCCGGGGUCUGUUCCUCGAGGGCGCGCGCUGGGACCACUCGACAGACCGCCUGGAGGAGGCCCUGCCGAGACGCCUUCACGAGAACAUGCCGCCGAUCUGGUUGAGGCCAAUGGUUCGCGAAGACAUACCCGCCACGACCUCCUAUUCUUGCCCUGUGUACAAGACGAGCGAACGACGCGGGAACCUGACCACGACGGGGCACUGCACGAACUACGUCAUCUCCGUCAGGAUCCCUACCCAUCUCUCGGAGGACCACUGGACUCUCAGGGGCGUGGCGCUCCUGUGCUCGUUGUCUGAUUAA